AUGGGACGCACGAAACCAAAGAAAAAAGCGCACUCAAAAGCUACAGAUCCACCGACCCAACAUGCGACGCCCUCAAACGCGCCUUCAAUAACGUCUUUGAUUGAAAAGGCACAGUCAUUGAUUGUGCAAUGUGACUACGACCUUGCCCUGCGUUUUAUACAUCGCAUCCUGGAGCAAGCACCUAGCAAUGCAGAGGCGAAAGAGAUGCUCGGUGUAGCAUUACUAGAAACGGGGGAGGUUGAAGCUGCGAAAGAGGCGUUCCAAUCAUUAUUGUCCCCCGAUCCCAAGUCGGUGCCUCCCCCUUCGGCGCAUCUGUAUUUAGCGCAGUUGAGCGAUGACGAUCCUCGAUCAGCGUUGCAGCAUUACGGAGCGGCCGUUACUAUUCUUAUGGGACAACUCAAAGGAAAGGAUCGUGCGUUGGAUGAUGCUGGCAGGAACGACGAAGUUGAAAUCAAGAGCAAUAUUGUCAGAGCCCUUGUCGGUCAAGUCGAGAUUUGGAUGGACCCAUCUUACGAUCUUUGCUUUGAACCUGAAGCAGAGAAGACUUGCGAGGAUCUCCUAACGUUUGCUCUGCAGACAGAUCCUAAUAACCCAGAAGCACUUCAAGCACUUGCAUCGGUACGAAUGUCACAACAGCGGCCUGAUGAUGCCAAGCAAUGUCUUGAACAAGCAUGGACGGCGUGGAAGGACCUUGAAGCAGACGAUCCAAAGCUGCCACCGAUACCAAACCGCCUGGCUCUCGUUCGACUCUUCCUCGAGUUGGCGCUAUAUACCCCUGCAUUGCUCGUUCUUCAUGGAAUCAUGUCCUCUGACGACCAAGACGUUGAGGCAUGGUACCUUGAAGGUUGGUGUUUCUUCCUCAUGUCAGAACAAGCACAAGAGAGUGGAGGAACGUUGGACGAACUGACAUGGCAAGAGCUUGCGAAAGACUCACGAGACUGUCUGGAAACCUGUCAAGUGCUGCACCGAAACCAAGAGCAUCCCGACCAACCAUUGCUGGAGCAUGUCAAAGAACUAAUAACGAAGUUGGACGCUCUAGGUAUUGCUUCCUCGCCAUUGGAAGACGGAAAUGAUGAGGAAGGAGGCGAAUGGGAGAGUAUAGAUGGAAGUGAGGAUGAGGAUGGUGAUGUAGAGAUGGAAUAG